UAAACGCGCACCAAAGUGUCCGGAUAGGUGCGAGGGAUCAGUGACUGGCUGCUGAAGAGGGAGAGGGACACGAGCGAGGACGACAAACCCUGUGAACUCCCUUUUUUUCCAAUCGAUCAUCCCACUGUGCGAUUGAAAACACCCCCCUGCUGGACGAUUGAAGCAUGCGACGCACGUCUAGCUGGAAGAAGUUGAGCAGCAGAGAGAGCUAGGAAGGAUGCAGGGAAGAUGGCGAUGAAUGUAAAGAACAGGGAUGCUUUUUAUCCAAGUACUGACUAUUGCGAUAUCUACACCUCCCAGCCUGUAAACUAUGGAGACUGCAGCCAUUAUUUCCCUCGGAUGACAGGUCCAGACCCCGUUCUAAAACCCCCUCUUAGUUUGAUAUGUCAGCAGCCACCUCAGCCCUUCCAGGUCAUGACCCCAGCCCAGAACCUCAGUCCUCCACCGGUGAUGAUGUCGCCGGAGCCCUUGCGGUUUCCACACUGCUCUCCUCUAGCCAUAAAGCCGCCCCCUCAUCUCCAGUUGCCGCCUAACCCACCCAUCCCAGUGCCCCCCGUCCUCAGUCCCAAGCCCCCUGAAGAAGACGCUCAGGCGGUGGGUGCUGACCAGGAAGCCACUCUGGAAGAGCUCUGCAAGCCUCUGUACUGUAAGCUUUGUAACGUCACUCUCAACUCUGCCCAGCAGGCUCAGGCACAUUAUCAGGGGAAAAACCACAGUAAGAAGCUGCGCAAUUUUUAUGCUGGUAGCCAGCAGCCACCUCCAAUUAGAAUACCAGAGGUAGAGCCUGUUUCCCAGCAACCCUCAGCCACUCCACCCACAGAUUCUGCAAAUGUGACUGCCAACCAGCCACUCUCUAAGGGCGCUAGCAGAGUCAUACUGGCCACGGAAAAUGACUACUGCAAGCUGUGCGAUGCUUCCUUCAGCUCCCCCGCUGUGGCCCAGGCACACUAUCAGGGCAAGAACCAUGCCAAAAGACUGCGGCUGGCCGAGGCACAGCAGAACGCCACGUCCUUAGACUUGUCCAAUGCUCAGAGAAGGCCACGGAAAGAAGGAUACGAGUACAGAUUAAUGAAGAACCGUAGGGCUCAUAUCAACACUGCCAUGCCAGGCCCUUACUACAACCCACGGCCGAGGCAGCGUAUCCCGCGAGACCUUGCGAUGUGCGUCACACCCAGCGGGCAGUUCUACUGCUCGAUGUGUAACUCAGGUGCCAGUGAGGAAGCAGAGUUUCGCCUGCACCUGGAGAGCAAGCAGCAUAAAAGCAGAGUGUCCGAGCAACGCUACCGUAGCGAGAUGGAGAAUCUGGGAUACACUUAAGAAGCAACCAAAGUGAUCAGCGAUUCCCAGAACCUGGACAAAUAAUAUUGCAAUUCUUGAAGUAGCCACAUUUGUUUUAAAAUGAAAGAUGACGUUAGUAAUUUUGUUAUUAUGAGCACACUGAAAAGGUUUAUUUUGUGCCAGAUAGACCGUUAAUUGGUGGCAUGGAUGUUUUAGGAAACUUUGAAAUAUGAGAGAUAUCUAACAGAAAGUUUCAAACACUCAUAAAUGCAGAUUAAGGAUCAACUGGCAAAUAAUUAUAAUUCAUAAUUAAUAUGAAAGUACUCAAUUCUUGUCCUAAAUCAUCUUAUGAGCUAGUACAUAAAUAUUAGAAUAUACUGCUCUGGAUUUUACUUUCAGUAUUUAUGUAUAUGUCUAGCAUUUUUUAAUAAUUUAUUUAAUUCUAAUGUCUAACAUCACCUCUGACUUGCUUUGGAGAGGUAAUAAGUGUAAGUAUUUUUUCUCAGCUGUUUUUGCGUGAAGUUGAUGCCUCAAAAAGGGACAAAUCUUGCAGCAAUCAGUUUUCUAAACAAGCAUAAGUGGCAAUCCUACUCACUCUGAGCCGUAGAUUCACUGUGUUUCUUCAGGAGCUAGAGAACGCACGCCGUCGUUCUGCCCAUCAGAUUAGAGACUGCAUUCCCAGGAGAAUCCACAGCGUGCCUGCUGAAUGUACUAUGAAAGCGAUGACAAUAGAUCUACGUCCGUCUGGCUUUGCACAUGUUUACUAGAUGUAGUGGCAGAUUUGGUCUAUUUCGGGGGGUAUAUCUGAUAUUGUUAACCAGCACGCUUCAGUGGGAAAUUAUUUGGGUGAUUGUUGUUUAUUUUCAUCUUGGAUUAUCCCCAGAGAAUCUCUCCCCACAUUGAAGGGAGAAAUGGAAAACAUGGCUAUUUUUAAUAAGGUCCGUGCUGACCAAGCCCCUACCUCAGUCACAACCCUCUGAAACGUUGGCCUACCAAAGCUUAUCUGAGAAAAGCUUAUCUAUUUUAAUAUUUUAUCUCCAAUAUUUACUGAGGAAACCAUGACUAUCUUGGAUGAAUAGUUCAUCCAAGAUGAACUUUUUUCAAAUAUUUAGCUCAAUUGUAGAUAAAAUGGGUCUUCAUCAGAACAGAUUUGGAGAAAUGUAGGAUUACAUGACUUGCUCACCAAUGGAUCCUCUGCAGUGAAUGGGUGCCGUCAGAAUGAGAGUUCAAACAGCUGAUAAAAACAUCUCAAUAAUCCACAAGUAAUCCAUAUCAAUCCAGUCCAUCAGUUAAUGUCUUGUGAAGUGAAAAGCUGCAUGCUUUUAAGAAAUAAACAAUUAAAGAAUUUUAACUCAAAACCAUUGGUUCUGGCCAAAAUAUGAGUCCAUAAUCCGUAAUAACGUUUACUACAAUGAAAAAAAUCCAUCCCCUGUUGCCCUGACACAAUUUUACAUCUAUAAUGUGUUCCGUUUCUGCUUGUAAAAGGAGCUUGAUUGGUACAUAUUUCUCAGACAAAACAACUUUUUUUAUUAGAAAAAGCUAUAUUAUGGAUUGAGACUCAUAUUUAGCUAUAAAUAAAUUUGAAAAUAUCUUAAUAAUGGAUUUGUUUAUUACAAAGACACAGCUUUUUACUUCACAAAAUGUUAAUAUAUGGACCAGAGUCAUAUGAAUUAUUUGUGAAUUAUUGUGAUGCUUUUAUCAGCUGUUUGGACUGUCAUUCUGACGGCACCCAUUCACUGCAAAGGAUCCAUUGGUUAGCAAGUGAUGUAAUGCUACAUUUCUCAAAAAUUAUUCAGAAGAAGAAACAAACUCAUUUACUGUAUAUCUUGCAUAUCCUGAGAGGGAGUCAAUUUUCAGCAAAUUAUCAUUUUUAGGUGAACUGUUUCUUAAAGCAGUUACAUCGAGACAAUUAGGAGCUGUUAAAAAUUCUAGAUGCUUUAUGUUGUUUGUUCAUGGCUGCAUGAUUUUAUGCAUUAACAUCACCCUUCCCCGAUUUUAUCACUUAAAAUCCUAUAAAUAUUUUAUCAAAGACAUUUAUAAUGUUAUGAACAGAGUAAGUGACCCAGUUUUACUCUGGAUGCUUGUUUUGUUGCCCUCAAUAACUUCUUAAAUAAGCUAUAAAACCUCUCUUCAGAGUUGAAGUCCAUAGUCACUAAAUGUUUGAAAUUGUAAUUAUUUUCUGAUUUAGUAUUAUUUCUGCAUGAAAUUAUUGCUGCUUGUACAGAUUAAGAGGAUGACUGUACUGCAAGAAAAGGACCAUUGCAGAACUGAAUUGCACUUAAGAAAUGGAAAAGACAGUAUUGUAAUAAGUCAAGUCAUGCUAUAUAUUGUUACACAGGCAUCUAUGUUCAUUCAAAUCAAAUGUUUACAGUUGGAAUCAUCACAAGGGACUUACGGGAGCGCUUGACGGACUAAUGGACUCAGUGGAGCGGUGAAGUCAUCUUAAAUGUGCCUCUGAGUAUAAAGCCUACUCAACUGUGAUGUUGAACAUUUCAUGUUGUUCUGCUUUGAAUAUGUUCCAAAUUCAAAAUACUGACCAUUUAUGUCAAGCUCUUUUUAUAUAAAUGUGGUGAGAUGUUUCAUAUGUAUAUAUUGCUAGACAUUUAAAAAGAUGACUUUGCAUUUUAAACAUGUUAAAUAUUAAUCUAACAUGUUCAUAAUGCAGAUUAUUCC